UUUCAGUCGGGUCCAUAAAACACCGAGUGACCCUUAUUCGGAGCAUCCAAAUAGCACGGACCUUAGGGCUUAUAUACCAUAAUACGAAUUAUUCGAAACGAGUCCUGCAACGCCAAUUGAUCUUGAUCUUCUGUUCUGUACUUCCAACCACUCUCCAAAGCUUCUCAUCAGCUGUAUACGGAAAAUGGCCGGCGGAGGAGACCAUUCUCAUGGUGGAGACUUCAGGGCUAAGGUCUGGAGUAUGAGUGGUGGGCCCUACUGUAGGCCCAAGCAUUGGCAGCGCAAUACCGCUAUUGCCCUUGCCGGAAUCGUUCUCAUCUGCAUUCCUGUGGCUUUGAAAUCCGCCGAGCUUGAGCAAAGGCCACAUCUUCCAGUACGCCCCAUACCUUCUCAGCUCUGGUGCAAGAAUUUUGGAACAAAAGACUACUAGUCUUGUUGAUAAAGCAACUAUACUAGUUUGCUGUUCGGUAGAUGAUCACAUCACCUCCUGUAUUUGGAUUCUGAAUUGUGCAUUUCAUGGUUAUUUUUCAUUCGAACCAGUGUGACAUUGUAAUGACAAUGUUCCAUAAAAUAAAAAUGACACUUCUUGCGUGCUUUAUUACAAUGAUGAAAGCCAGCUAAGCUGAUUUAUUUUCAA